AUAUUGGGCAAGUGUGCGUGUGUGUGUGUAAGGUGAGAGGAGUAUUUAAACACACUUAAAAGCAGAACAGCUCCAUAACUUCCAGCAAGCAGUGUGGGUGCAACAGUCCCUUGAAACCCUUUAAUCAGCCAUGGGUGACAGCUGGGACUACGGACAUAUAUUUAGUAUAACCAAUUCAUCUGACUACGAUAAUUACACACUGCCUGUGUUUCCUGUUAACUUGGCCCCUGAUAUUCAACCGAUCCAGAUCGCAGCUCUGACCUUCUACGGCCUUGUGGUCCUGUUGGGUGUACCCGGAAAUGCUCUGGUGGUGUGGGUGACAGGGUUCUGCAUGCCGCGCUCUGCCACCUCCAUCUGGUUCCUGAACCUCGCGCUGGCUGAUCUUCUGUGCUGCCUCUCCCUCCCUCUGCUCAUGGUCCCUAUAGCCCACGAUGACCACUGGCACUUUGGCUCGCUGGCAUGCACAUUAGUCAAAAGCCUGUUCUACCUGGUGAUGUACUGCAGCGUCCUGCAGCUGGUUCUGAUCAGUGUGGAUCGCUGGAUGCUGGUCAGCAGACCCAUAUGGUGUCAGAACAACAGGCGACCUAGGCAGGCUGUGUGCCUUUGUGUUGCUGUCUGGUGCCUGGCCCUGAUCGGCAGCAUCCCCCAGUUUGUUUACACCAGGGAGAUCGAAGCAGGUGAAGACAAGCGAGAGUGCCUGGCGGUACACACUCGACUCAGCGCCUGGUUCGUCACAUCCUACCGCUUCCUCCUGGGAUUCUUCGUCCCUUUCCUGGUGAUUGUAGCGUGUCACUUGGUGGUGUACAGGAGAGCAGAGAGCGGACUGACCCGUGCUCGGGCCCGCUCCAAGCGCACACUGAAGGUCAUCCUUGCUGUGGUGCUGAGCUUCUUCCUCUGCUGGCUCCCGCUACACAUUGUGGACUUUCUUUCACUGACGGUCCCUCGGAAUUCCCCCCACAGCCCCAAACUUUACCUGGCACAGGUUUUAACACUCUGUCUGGCAUAUUUCAACAGUUGCCUGAACCCGCUGCUCUAUGUGUGUCUGGGCCGGGGCUUCAAAGACAGCAUGAACCGCUCACUGCGCAACAUGCUCCAGUUCAUCAGCGAGGACCCUACGGUCAAGAUGAGCAUCACUAACAACGACACCAAGAGCUCGAGCACCGGGAAGGAGACAACCAAAAUCUGAUGUUGUAUUGAGUUUGAAAUAAAGUGUGUAGUUUGGUGUCUUCUGUGUAUGCUGUUCUUCUAAAAGUGUUGCAUCUCGUAGGAUAUCAUUUAACAAGUGGACCCCUUCUCUAGGCUUCUCACUGCACUGAACUUGGGAAUCCUAACCAUAAACUAUCUGUGUUAAGAAUUUUCUUUUUUUGACACAAACUCAAAUAAAUAGAAGAACAAACUUCAACAUUCGAAAGUGUACACAGCAACCUCUGCUGUUUUUAAUAUAAUUUUAUAUUAUAUUUCAAGAAGUAUUUUUGCUGAUGCCGCUGAACAACAAAUGCAAAGAUGUUACCCUGAAAGCCUCAAGAACUGUUUUUUUUUUAAAGUAUUUGCCAAUCUGCAAUAUUUCCUGUGAACAUUUGUGUCUAAUGCUUUUGCAACUGCUCCCACUUCUGUUUUCUUUCUCCUACAGAAGGAUGAUCUUAGACUGUUUGUAGGAAUAUUGCCAUUAAUAUGAGUGUAGACAUGGUCUGAGUCUGUAUAACUCAUAGUUGUAAUUUAAGUUUGUUGUCAGAAAUAAAAUUUGAUAUUAUAAAUAAAAAUGUGUUCUUGUUAAACUUGUAAAACACAGCCACAUCCUCUUGUGUGACAGUACUAUGCAUAGACCACAGGAGGGAGCUCCACUCUAAAUUGCUGAUGUUCAGGGGCCAAGGUGCAGCUGCAUGUAGCUUCUGGGCUGAGACCCAUUGUUUUAGUGUGUCAGACCCUAAAGACAGAAGAGACAAUUUAGGGAUGUUUGUAAGUUGGUCAAAUACAUUCAGUUCAAACAAAUGCCCCUCGUCACAUGUCUACAGAAGUCUAUGAAAUAUAAAUUCAUUAGCAUUUUUUACAACUUGCCUAAUGCAUAUUUAUGAUGUUUUAGAUGGAUCUUUUUAUACCAGGGCAAUUUAAGAGUAACAUAACAAU